AUGAAAGCUAAAAAGUAUUCAAUAUUAAAUAUGUUGUCAAAUCUCUCUAACGAUGUCACAAAUCAGUUGAAACAAUGGCUUGAAGAGAUGAAUUUAGCUGAAAUGACACCAAAAACACAAAAAGCACCGCUAAAAAGGUCAAAAAUCGAGGAUAUGCUACAAUACAAAAGUCCUAGCCCCUUCAUGAGCGAGUAAAACUAUUGAAAAAUCCCUAUUUUUUAGGAAAAAUCUAGCUAGAAAAAUCGUUUAUAUAAAAUAUGUAAUAUAUAAAUGAUUAUUAUAACAAUUUCUCGAGCUAAUUCAAUUAAACUUUAAACAACUUGCAUUCUAAAGCAUAAUUUUAAUAAAUUAAAUUAAUUUUUACUUUAAAAUUUGGAAAAAAAAAUUCAAAUAUAAAAUUUAUAUAUAAUUAUAAUUAAAAAAUUUUAUCCCUGUAAGAGAACAAAAUUUAUACUCACCAAGGAAGGGGAGUAAAGAGAGCACCAAAACUUUAAAUCACCUAAAACAAGGUGACAACCAAAGCCCGCUCAGUCAAUCAUUUUCCUAUCCAAAUGAGAGGUAAUAUUUCACUAGAAAGUGUAGAAGACAGGCUCAUCAAAGCUGGGAUCACUUAUUCUCAAAAUAAAGAAACAAAACGCAAAGCAAAUGAAGAGCAAAAGAAAUUGGAAGAAGAAAAAUUUAUACAGCAUUCUGAAAAAAUCAGAAACACAGGUAGGAAUGAAUAUUUACAUAAUUUAAGUAUAAUUAUUAUAUAUUAAUUUGCUUAUCAUAAUUAGCUAGAAAAUUUUCAUUUUUCAUUAUGAAUUAAUAAAAUAUAAUAUAAAUUAAAAAUCUAAUUCAGUUAAUGCUUUAUAAAGUUUAUGAACAAAAACAAAACCAGAGAAUCAUACAGCAAACUGAGCAUGAAAACAGCCUAAUCAAAAGUCCUAAACCUUGUAAAGGAUCUCAAAAAAUUUUGCAAGGCUCUAAUAGGAAAGGAGACGUUGGACAAAGAUUAUAUAAUAGCGCAACAAAAUCUAGCAAAGUGCUGAAAGCAAAACAAGUCUUGAGUUAUUUGGACAUGAAGAGUGUUUCAAGCCCAAAAAUCAAUACAUCGUAUACAGCUCAUAGUGUAAAAAAUACAAAUAUUUCAGAGAAAAAUAUUGAACAAAAAUAUCAAUUGUUAACUCCUUCCCUAUUUAAACCAAAACAAAAUAUUGGUAAAUUUUUUUCAGAAUUAAUUAAAUGGCUGAUUCAUUGGUAAAUUUUUCAUUUUUUUCAAAAUUAAUUCAAUUGAAACAAAGUCUUAUUUUUUAUAGGUAAAAAUAAUAUUUCUAUGUAAAUAGAUUUGAUACACAAUCUAAUUCUGCUAAAUCAAAAAUUUGCUUAUCUCUUGUCUAUUUAAAAGGAAAGGGUUUUCGACAAAGUUAAAAUCAUGGAAAUUUAUUACUAUGAAAAUUUUAUAUAAAAAAAUAUAAUCACUUUAAUUGGAGCAGCAUUUUUUUUUCAAAUUUAACGAAGACGAUUAAGUAAACAAAUACCUGUAGUAAAAGAAGAAAAAUAUUAUCGAUCACAAACCCCGACAGCUGCACGUAAGGUUUCCCCUAUCCGACAAACAAAAUCUCGUGAGUCAACACCUAUAAAAGAAUUCCCUUUCAAGCCUCACAUAUCCAAAAAAAGCCAAGUAAUUGCAUCUAAACUUGAACCUUCUAGCUCCAGACUGACUAAAAUCCCAAGACUCGACAUAUCAUUUGACGACAAAGAAUGCACGUUCAAUCCAAACAUUGAUUUAAAUUCAUCAAGGCUUGCCCAACGACUAAAAGAUAAUUCUACUGCUUCUAAAACUGAAAGAUGAGAAGCUUUAUACGAGCUCAGACAUCACAAAGAAGAGAAAGUCGUAACCACAAGCUUCCUUGAUGAGAAAAUUUUAUUAGACGACCACAGUCCUAAAAGAACGAAAGUAGAGCAAGAAAAGUUUAUUAGUAAAUUAAAUGGAUGGGCAAAGGUAAAAGAUGAUGUAUUACAGAGGAAAAGAGAUGAGAGCAUAGAAUACGAUCUAAAAGAGUGCACUUUUUCACCAAAAAUUCAUGGUAAUGCGCAGUUUGAUGAAGUAAAUCUAAAAGGGUUUAAAGGAGUUGAAAAAUAUUUACAGCGGCAAAAAACUGCAAGGGAAACUCCUUCUAAGGAGUUUCGGCUGAGGGAAGAUAAAAGUCCACCAAAUGAUCAUAACGAGUCAAAGCUAAAAUGCAAAGAAAUGAGCUCGAAAGAUUUUCUCAGUGCAAUCUUUCAGCUUCAUAUGCAGCUGAAUAAUGAUUAA